GACAUUUCUGUCGCCCAACAAGAGGAACUUUGGGCGCAGGCGACGAGUGGAAACACGGGGACCUCGCGCUCCGCGUGGAACGAGACGGCUGAAGAUGGGGACGAUAUUGGUCAGGCCGAGCCCGUGACCCACGAUGCAGGUGAGGACUCUGGCUGUGCCCCCCCACCCUUUCUUUCAGCUUGGGAUGAGAAUAUCUCCAUGGCCCAGCAGAUUGCGGACUGGAAUGCUGAGUUGUCAUCGACGUUGACGACACCAUUCUCGGAUCCGCCUAUCUGCUCCUCCCCUUCUAUGCCCUCUUCAACCUUCAUCGCUGAGCCGGAGGUGAUUGACUGGGUCGCGAGUGUCAUUGACCGCCGUCAUCUACGAGGCAUGGCUGGCAACUUCAUCCUCUUCGACGACUACGACCUCACCUUCCUCGCCACCGUGGUCAUCGACGUCCCUGACGCUUUCGCCGACUUCAAUUUCAUUACCUCCUUCCCCGUCUACGGCUACGACAACGGCCGUGCAACACGGAACUAUGCCAGACAGCUCGAAGCCUUAAAGGCUUACUUGAAGCCACGCCGCACUUUUGACGAUGGAAGCUUUGCUACCACUGAUACACAUGCUGGUUGCGUCCGGCAGCCAGGGAAGCCAUCGACGUCGACGCGCCUGGACGCUGCCCAUGGCGAUGCCCGCGCCUCGCCCGGCCACGCUGAGACCGCUAGCUGCGCAAGCACGUGGCGUGGGGCACACUCAGACUCCUGGGCACAGCCGGACUAUAGCUGGCAAGCGAACACCGACAACUGGCACCAAGCCUCCCAAUCGGGCAGCAGCAACGCCUGGAGCCAGGAAGCACAGUCAGUCGGCAACGCGUCCUGGAGCAAGCGCCCCUACUUAGGCGGCACCUCUUGGAGCAAGCAGCCACGUCGAGACGUCCACUCUUGGACGCAGAAGGCAAACACGAGUGGCGAGUCGUGGAACAUGCAGAAGGCAAACACGAGUGGCGAGUCUUGGAGCAAGCAGCCACGUCGGGACGGCCACUUUUGGACUCAGAAGGCAAACACGAGUGGCGAGUCGUGGAACAUGCAGAAGGCGAACACGAGUGGCGAACACGAGACCCCGUGGCAGCGGCUGCGGGCCGACUUCCAGGCGCAGUUGCGAGGACCGGGCCAGGAGGAGCCAGACGCCGAGGAUGUGUUUCCCAGUCUGGAGACGCGUGAUGAGGAUUGGUGGUUCUUGGCUCGAGAAUCCGGGAAAAUCGAUCCCGAGCGACCCUUGAGUUGCGCUGAGGUUGUGCAGGCGACGCUCCUCGAGCCCGACCCGGUCAAGCUCGAAGAGCGCGUGGAGAUGCUUCACGGAAUCGUGUGUCGCGCUCCCUCUUCCCUUCUCUACGAUCUUGCUGAAGCAUUCGGCCGAGCUGGCGUGGACAUCGGCAAGUGCGAGUCCUGGACAGACACAGGGUUCGCUUUCCUCCGUGCGAACGUCGAGACUGUUCGCCCGCCGGAUAUCUGGUGCGCGAAGUGGUACAAUUACACCUUCCUUCAUGGUACGACCUUGCUGAAAGCUGCCUACAUCCUGCACGAGAACAUGGUCCGGCCGUAUUCGUGGGGCGAUCAAGAUUAUCCCUCUUAUGCUUUCUAUGCUCGCGUCGUACAGUCCGAGCUUGAGCAAUGGGCCGUGAAGUCCCUCUGCAAGAAGAUCAUGACAAUCGGAAAGGGUCAGCAGGGCGCGCUGAUACUGGGUCUUAUGCGAUCACCGAUGCAACAUUCAAAGAUGCAAGCCGGGGGAACGACGGUGGAGCAACACGCCGCCCGCCACGCCUACAUUGUGCGUGGUGUGGAUGGACGCUUCGCCGUCCGCAGCGACUACGCGGUUCCCACGGCCGUCAUCGUGUGUUGGCCCGAGUGA